AUGGUAGGCGCCGUAGGUGACACGGGGGUGGUGGACACCCUGGAGGCACGGCUGGAAAAUGAGAGGAAGCACGAGGCCAACGAGUAUGGCGACCUGCCUUGGGCGGCGGAGCACCCUUCUCGGCCUGCUUCUCCUCGACCGGCGAACACCGAGGGCGGCGUCGACGUGGGCGUCAACACCGGUGGUGACCAAGUCGGCAGCAGUGCGGGAGGCACGUCGUCAAGGCAGCGUGGUGUGAUUCACGUCGACGAGGUCGGCGGCGUUCAAGCGCGAGGGAUGCGGUCGUCGGCGGCUGCAGGCUCCUCGCAGGGCGACGUCGGAGGACGACGAAGCGGGUUGACGCCGAUGUCGGCGUCCCAGGUGACGGCGGGCGGAAUUGCACCGAGCUACGGCUACUUCAAAUUUACGCCGGACAGGAUCUUGGUCACCCCGCUGCUUGUUGGUCGACAAGACAUUCUCACCUGGAAGGAAGCUAUCGAGCCCCAGCUGGAGAUGGCCGGGCUGAUCAGCUUUGCUCGAGGUAUCGUGGUGAUGCCGAGCGACCCCGACUUGCGAGCUGAGUUCCGCGCUGUGCAGCUGCUGACCUUCACGGUCAUCUCACGGUGCUGCUCGCCGGGCGUGCAGAUCGCCCUGAAGUGGUGCCAGGAGUACCUCGACGCCGGCCACCAGGCGUGGCACUUCAUCGAGUCGACGUACCAGGUCACCGACGACCUGUUCAUCGCCCAGCUGGAGGGGCAGCUGACGCACCUGCGCAUGGGCGACGAGGAGACGGCUACCGACUACUGCAACCGGGCCCGGCGAAUUCUCGCCACCAUCAGGAUGGCCGGCGCGCAGUACUCGACGGCGUCGUACGACGAGGCGAUGCAGGAGGCUGAGCGGUCCCAGGAGCUCUUGGCGCAGGUGAACUACGUCGCCCCAGCGAAGCAAGGCGGUCGACCGGGGCAGCGUGGACAGUCUGGUGGCAGCGGUGGUAGAAGUGGCUCGAAGUCGGCCGAGGAAGUCGACAAGAAGAAGUCGACCAAGGACAGUGGUCGAGGAGGAGGAAGUCGACGUCGGGAGUGCUGGCUGUGUGGCGACCCCGACCACCUCUUCUUCGAGUGCCCCGACCGCAGUGACUCCGACGACGACGACGCCAAGGGAGGCCGCGGGAGGUCUGGCAGUCGUCGUCCUCGUCGAGGAGGAAACCAGCCGCGCAAGGAGAAGCAGUCGACCAAGACGUCGACCUCGGGGAAGGACGCCGACUCCCCUGCUGGUGGCAAGGGGCGGGACGACAAGUCGGCGUCGUGCUCUCUGGUCGGCGUCGUGGAGCCGACCGUCUCGCUGGCACCGGAGGCUGGCGAGGACUUCCAGGCGGUGGCGGCAGCUAUGCUGGCGAAUCCGGCGGUGGUCCUGCUCGACAGCGGCUGCUCGCACCACCUGAUGGGGACGAAGGACGCCUUCGUCGACUUGGGGCCAAGCGGCGACGUGAAGCACGUGCGUGGCUUCAAUGGGGCGCUGCAGGACGUCCAGGGCCGCGGCACUGUCGCCCUGCAAGGCGAGGCCGGGAAGACGGUGCUCAUCCCUGAUGUGCUGUACGACCCGGGUGUGCGGGCCAACCUUCUAUCGUCCGACCAGCUGAAGGAGCACGGCGUGAAGCUGCAGGAGGACGGCGACGGGAUGCUGCUCGUCUCGGCAGCAGGAGAGGUGCUUGGUCGGGCGACGUACUCUGGGCGAGUCCUCUGCACCGACCUGCGUCCCUGCUCGACGAAGUCGACGUCACCCACGCCGGAGGUUGUGGCCCUGCGGGCGAUCGUCUCGAAGACGAGGUCGACGCCGGACAGGCUGCAUGCACGGCUGGCACACGUUGGCAUGGACACCAUCAGGCGCUCGGCGAAGAACGAGGUCGCCAUUGGGCUGGACCUCAAGUCUGCGACGAGCGCCGACUCACCGUGUGUCUCGUGUGUCGGCGGGAAGCUGGCGAGGCACACCUUCCCCGACCAAGGCUCCGACGCCGACGACGUGCUGGCCGUAGUGCACCUCGACCUGUGUGGGCCGUUCCGCGUGGCUGCCAAGGACGGCAGCCUGUACUUCUUGCUGCUGAAGGACCGUAAGUCCCGCUACGUGUGGGUGAGGCCGGUCGCCAAGAAGUCGGACGUGCUGCUGGAGUUCCAGAAGUGGCUGGUGCUGGUGGAGCGGCAGACGAAGAAGUCGGUGUUGCAGCUGCGCUCUGACCGAGGAGGGGAGUUCCUCGGGAAGCAGUUCACCGACUUCGUGGACGGCAAGGGGAUCGUCCACGACCUGACCUGCCCGUACACCCCGCAGCAGAACGGCAUGGCGGAGCGGGAGAUGCGGACGGUGGUGGAGUCGGUACGGACGAUGCUGCUGCACAUGGGCGUGCAGCACCACUGGUGGCACCUCGCUUUGCGGCAGGCUGUCUGGGUCCGCAACUGCCUGGAGCGGUCGGCGACGCCGGGGACGACGCCAUACCAGCUGCUGACCGGUGUUGGGUACUCGCGCAAUGUGCGCUUCGACACAACAUUGUAUGCGCUAUGA